AUAUUGGACUCGUUUUUCACGCGCAAAAUGGCGUCUAUGUAAAUUUUUAAAACGCGGGUAAAAAUAUGCAGGUGACUAUGAAGCGUCGAGCAAGCCAGAGUGACGACGACCCAAAAAAAAGUGAAAAGGGUGAAAAACGGGCUAAGAAGAGCGUUUCUUUUAAACAUGUUCAAGUAUUUUACUUUUCAAGGCAACAAGGUUUCACUUGCGUUCCAUCUCAAGGCGGUUCAACUUUGGGCAUGGCAAACGAACAUCACGACGAAGAGACAUUAGACAUAGACUCCUGGUGUGAAAUGAGGAAAAAAACUCAUUUUCAUAUACUGUUGGAACAAAGUGCAAAAGGGACAUUGCCUGCUCAUUUACCUACUCCUGUCGAAGGGGAAGAUGAAGAGAAAAUAUUAGAUAAUUUAGAAGACUACUACUUUCUACAACCCGUUCCAACAAGACAAAGGAGAAUACUCUUACGUGAUGCUGGUGUAAAGAAGGUAGACUCAGAGGAAAAAGAUGAAUGUAAAGAUAUUCGUGAAUCUCGUGAAAGGUGUGGCUGCUCUUGUCCUGGUGGAAUUUGUCUACCAGAAACCUGCGAAUGCGCAUUAGAAGGUAUAAAAUGUCAGGUGGAUAGACAGACGUUUCCGUGUAACUGUAUAGUGGAAUCAUGCAGCAAUCAGCAAGGAAGAAUCGAAUUUAAUCCUCUUCGAGUUCGAUCACACUUUAUUCAUACACUAAUGCGAUUGGAAAUACAAAAAAAAUCUACAAACGACUCGGCGCAAACAAUCUUCAAUUCAAACGAACGGGGUUCGUGUUGCGACUGUCAGAACUUAAUGCUCAGUAAUGCAAUGAUGAAGGAGGUGAAAAAUCAUCAGGAUAGCUGGAACAGAGCGAUUGUCAAUAAUCCUCCAGUCGUAUCCCAAAAUCAGGUUCCAUUCAAGCUGGAACCAAUAUCUGCUCUUCUACCUCCUACUCAAUACUGGUCGAGAUGUGGUGACAACCAACAAAUAGUUGACAAUGGAAGAGAAUUUACUGAAUUGAUGCCAGCCAGUACAGAAAAUAGCGAAACGUAUCCUCCAGAUGAGGGAACAGAAGGGGUUGUUGACAGUACUCCUUCGUCAAACUUCGGUGAGAUUAUUAAAAAGUCAAUUGUUGAAACAGUUUCGGCUUAGGGGAUUCAAAAGUAAUUUCUAGUUCUUCUCUUCAAUCUUUUUUUCUUCGAUUAUUUUUUUUUUUGGAAAAAAAAAGAAAGAAGCUGUAUUACGAUAUAUAUAUACUAUAC